AUGAAGAGUGAACCUGUUGCUCAGAAGCCGAAACAGAAGGCGAAUAUUCACAAACAACCCAAACAGGUGAAAAAUCAAAAGCAACAGAGGAAUCUGAGGUAUAAGAAAAACCUCUCAGAGCGAAAACAAUUUUGGUGCUCUCAAAACCCUCACUACGCUCACUUUGAUGGAAACUCCAAGGCCAAAGAAGAAGAGAAACAGGAUAAAGGAAGCUUCAAUCAUUUGGACCGAAAGAACCAAAAGAACACGUCUGGAUCACAGAUAGAACAAGACCAAGAGGACAGGUUCGGUCCUGUAAGAAACAACAACCCAAAGUCUUGUUUCAGUCCUCCAAAUAACAGCAGACAAAAACCAGGGUUCAUUCCAUCUAACUUUUAUAGCAGGAAACCCAGUUUCGGUUCAGAGACCCACAACAACCGAAAAAUCGGUUUCGGUCCUUCUUCAAAAGAGAACCGAAGGUCAAGGUUCGGUCCCUCAAAUGAUUACAACAGAAAGGGUCAUUUCAAAUCUGAAGACAGGAGAGAUUCCAAUUCUAAUUCCUCUAAUUCUUCUCAUUCUCCUUCUUCUUCUAAAUCUAACUCUCGUCCUUCACCAUGCUCUCAAUUGUCAAAGGAUUUGAAAGGAAAGACUAAAAUUUCCUCAGCAAAAGAAGACCGAAAGCAAGCUAGCAACAAAACCCCUGAACCUAACUCCAAUAAAAUCAAAGUUAUAAGUGAUGAGUAG